AUGUCGGGUCUGCUUAGUCGAACGGUUUCGCAAGGAAAUUCUGUGAUUCGUGCAUUUCUAAACGUGCGAACUCCUUUCACACAAGAAGCUGCUGGAUUCAAGGUGAAAUCUCGUCUGAAGUUGCGUUGUCGUAGUUGCUACUUCACACGCGUCGACGGCCGACUCCACGUCGAAUGUCAUGAGAAUCCCCGCCAUAAGGCUCGCGAAAUCUUCGAUGUUAAAAAAUUAUGGUGA